UUAUUCAACAUAUGUUUUGAUACUACGAUGGCUCGAUGGGGCGAUGAAAAAACUUUAAAUUUUAUACAUCAAUACCGCAAUCACGAGUGUUUGUGGAAUGUUCGUUCACCAUAUUAUAAAAAUAAAAUUUCGAGGGAAAACGCGUACCGAAGUUUAUUAGAAUCGUUGAACGACGAUAAUUUGAGCUUGAAAAGUGUUAAAACAAAAAUUAAAAACUUAAGAUCCAUUUAUCACACCGAACUUAAAAAAGUGAAAUAUUCCGAACGUUUUGAGGGCGACGGUUUAGUUUAUAAGCCUAGUUUAUCUUGGUUUGACGAAAUACAUUCCUUUCUUAGAGACUCCGCAGAAUAUCGUGAGACCAUAAGCAAUGAAAAAGUACUACAAGUAUCAUCAGGUGAUAGCAAAUUUGAACAGUCGGUCAACGUAACGAAGGAAAAAACAUUGACACAACAGCCGUUAGAUCCACGAUCAAGACUUAACAAUUCAGCAUCAACAUACAAUGGCUUAAACGUACAAACACAAAGUACAAGCGAAGAAACAUUACAAAGGAAGCCUUUGCAUUCACGAUCAACACAUAAAAGUUUAAAACACACUCCCAUUUCUACAAAAGAAAGUCUUCGUCAGAAAACAAAACGAGAGAACGAUUACAUUUCUUCUACUCUACAGCGCUUAGAAAAUAUAUCUAAAGGUUUAAAUACAACACAACAACAACUGGCAUCACAUACGCAAGACGAAUUUUAUUUCUUCGCUCUAAGCGUUGCAGCACAAUUAAGGAAUCUGCCUUUGCCGAUAGCAAUAGAGACCCAAAGCAACAUACAGAAUACUUUAUCCGCAGCUCGACUAUCGUUAAUGGGGUCCAACACACCAUCACCGUCGUCUUCCAACUGCAACACUCCGAUUUAUGAUCAAUCAGCUCAUUCGCUAAAGACUCAAGACACGACGGAAAUUGUUUCUUUUAUAAAAAUAGAAGAAAAUGUUAUGCCACUCGAACAGCUUUAAGAAUUAAUGGAAUUAUUUAACUAGUAACCGUAAGUGUUGUUUAACUUCGGAAAAUCUGAAUUUGUUAUUUAAUUAUAUUUGUAUUUAGGGUAAAAAUCUAACUAUUAAAUAAACAAAUGAA